AGUCAAUGUCAACUGCUUUCUCUGCAUUGGCAGACGCGUGGUAAAAUAAGAGAGAAGUUCGACCAACAGACACCCGUAGGACACUACCCUACUUGUUACCCUGCGACUAUUUUCUGGGCCGCUCUCUAGGUAGGCGGAAUCGUAACUAGGAAAGAAUUUUCUCCAGGAUAGGAUCGAGAGGUCACUUCCCGGCCUCUCUGUUGCCCUCGUGGGUUGUUCACUACUCAUAUCCUCGACUCCACCGCUCGUCACAAUGCUCGCCUUUACCUCCGUCCUGGUCGCCCUAGUCUAUUCUACCACUAUCCUCGCCAACUUGAUCAACGUGGAGAAGCGCUACAUUACCCACGGUCUCCCUACUCCCACUAGGAACGGCACGCACGACGGCUUUUACUACUAUUUCUGGACAGACGGCCAAGGCUCCGUGAACUACACCAAUAAGGCAGGAGGUCAAUACACUGUCACAUGGUCCAACACCGGUAAUUUCUUCGGGGGCAAAGGCUGGAGCCCCGGCAGCGGACGGAACGUCACAUACAGCGGUUCCUGGGACGGCGCACAAGGGAACUCAUACGUCUCACUCUACGGGUGGAUGCAGAACCCGCUUAUAGAAUACUACAUUGUUGAAUCGUUUGGGACAUACGACCCUGGAUCCGCGUUUUCGGCGCCAAAGGAGACCAUUACCGUGGACGGCGGCACGUACAACAUCUACAUCACUCGACGCACCAUUGCUGGCGGUGAGGGGCCUGGUCAUUGGACUGUGCUUACGCAGCUCUGGUCCGUAAGGCAGCAGAAGCGCGUUGGUGGGACAAUUAACGCGCAGGCUCAUCUUGAUGCUUGGGCUAGGGCUGGUGUGAAACUGGGGAACACGCACACAUUUCAGAUUCUCGCAACAGAGGCAUAUUUUUAUAAGAAUAUCGGGACUGCUUCUAUUACUGUGCAAGGCCCAUGA